ACAACAGAGUAUGCAAAUGCUACCAAAACAUUAAAUGUCUUCUGUCAAUUAAAUUUAAAAAUUUUGUUCGUUCCCAAAGUGAAUUAAGGCGAAACAAGUUUGUGUGUUUGAUACAUAAAUGUAAAUUUUAUGUAAAAGUCGAGAGUUUAAUCAUCGAAGCAAUGCCGAGCGAGAUAAUUACAUUACAAUUGGGCCAAUGCGGCAAUCAAAUUGGUUUUGAGUUUUGGAAGCGUCUAUGCCUCGAACACGGCAUAUCACCAAGUGGUGUGUUAGAAGAUUUUGCUACCGAUGGUGUAGAUCGCAAAGAUGUUUUCUUCUACCAGGCGGAUGAUGAUCACUAUAUACCCCGGGCUGUAUUAUUAGAUUUGGAACCACGCGUCAUUCAUUCUAUAAUGAGUUCACCAUACGCAAAGCUUUAUAAUCCGGAGAAUGUUUAUUUAUCGAAGCAUGGCGGUGGCGCUGGCAAUAACUGGGCUUCCGGUUAUAGUCAAGGUGAAAAGCUGCAAGAGGAGGUUUUUGAUAUCAUCGAUCGGGAAGCAGAUGGUAGCGAUUCUUUGGAGGGUUUUGUGCUCUGUCAUUCAAUAGCUGGUGGUACGGGUUCCGGUAUGGGCUCUUACAUUAUGGAGCGUUUAUCAGAUCGUUUUCCAAAAAAGCUGAUACAAACAUACAGUGUUUUUCCAAAUCAGGACGAGAUCAGUGAUGUUGUCGUACAGCCAUAUAACUCGUUGUUAACACUGCGUAGGCUAACUAGCUGUGCGGAUUGUGUUGUAGUGCUCGAUAAUACGGCACUAAAUCGUAUUGCUACUGAUCGAUUACAUAUACAAAAUCCUAGCUUCACACAAAUUAACACUUUAGUUUCGACCAUAAUGUCUGUCAGCACCACAACACUGCGUUAUCCUUCCUAUAUGAAUAAUAAUCUGAUUGGUUUGACAGCACCUUUGAUACCAACACCCCAAUUGCAUUUCUUAAUGACAGGAUAUACGCCAUUGACGACAGAUAAUGAUCAAACGGUUAAUGUGCGUAAAACGACAGUAUUGGAUGUUAUGCGUCGCUUAUUACAACCAAAAAAUAUGAUGGUAUCCACGGGACCUGACAAAACAAACCAUCAUUGUUAUAUUUCCAUUUUGAAUAUAAUACAAGGAGAAGUUGACCCUACUCAGGUGCAUAAGUCACUACAACGUAUUCGAGAGCGCAAAUUAGCACAGUUCAUUCCUUGGGGACCUGCGAGCAUACAAGUAGCGCUAUCACGUUCAUCACCUUACGUACAGAGUAGUCAUCGCGUUUCAGGCCUGAUGCUUGCUAACCAUACCAGUAUUUGUUCGCUUUUUGAACGUGCGCUUGGACAAUAUGAUAAACUUAAAAAGCGUGGUGCCUUUCUUGAUCAAUUUAGACGUGAAGAUAUAUUCAAGGAUGAUUUGUCUGAAUUAGAUGAUUCACGCGAUGUUGUUGAUUGUUUGGUACAGGAAUAUGAAGCUGCCACUCAGUCAAAUUACUUGCAGUGGUCGGCGAAGAAAGGUCAAGAGGAAGCCCAUUAAUUUUGUAGUAGGGGGAAAAGUCAUAUAUGCAUAUCUAAAUAUGUAAUAGAAAUAUAUACACUAUUCUGCCUCAUGUUGCCAUAAAAAGUUUUCGAGACAAGAGCAAAGAAUUUAAUUUAUUCCUUUCACAUUCAUUUUUACUAAUUACAUUGCACUCUUUGAGUUCAUUUUUAUAUAUUUGUGUCUCAUUCUGAGUGUACUCACUAAUACAUUUCUAAAAUGUAGUUAUAUAAAUAUAAAAUGCAACAUUAUUAAAUUACUGCAUAGAUAAGUAAUGUUUCUCACGUUUAAUUUAAUGUAUUCAAAGAAUUCUUGAAAUCAAGUUCAUCUAAAAAUUCAGUUUUCGUUAAUAUGUAAUUGCGCACUAAUUGAGUCUUUUAACUAUUUUCUGACAAUAUUUGAUCGUUUUAUUUUAUGGUUGUGUGUUUUACUAAAUGUCAAUCGAAAAUGUAUAUGUUCUUUUUGCCAGUAAUAAAAAUGUUCUGUAAAAAUUUUUGUUCAAUUGUAUUUAAUUUUCGGGCCGAUAUCUUAAAAAAGUGAUGAAACUAGUUCGCAUACAUAUGUAUAUAUAUUGAGAUAGACGGACAGGCAUGGCUUGACUCACCUGUUAUGCUGGUAAUUUAUAUAAAAAUUUUAUUGAGUCUUCCGGGUGUUACAAACUUUG